AUGUGGGCUCUCCGCUCGCUCUUGCGGGCCGCGACUGGACGCACCAUGUCGCAGGGUUCCGCCCGCCGUCAGCGGCCGCCCAAGGACCCUCUGCGACACCUGCGCACACGGGAAAAGCGCGGCGCAUCGAAGGAGCCCGGGAGCCCCAACACCGUGUACUUGCAGGUGGUAGCGGCCGGCGGCCGGGAUGCGGGCGCCGCGCUCUACGUGUUCUCCGAGUACAACCGGUAUCUCUUCAACUGUGGAGAAGGCAUCCAGAGACUCAUGCAGGAACACAAGCUGAAGGUUGCACGCCUGGACAACAUAUUCCUAACCCGGAUGCACUGGUCGAAUGUUGGAGGGUUGUGUGGAAUGAUUCUCACUUUGAAGGAAACUGGACUUCCAAAGUGUGUGCUUUCUGGACCUCCACAACUGGAGAAAUAUCUUGAAGCUAUCAAAAUAUUCUCUGGCCCAUUGAAAGGGAUAGACCUGGCUGUGCGGCCUCACUCUGCGCCAGAAUACAAAGAUGAGACUAUGACCGUUUUCCAGAUCCCCAUAUACAGUGAACAGAGGUGUAGAGACCACCAGCCAACUCAGGGACCAGAAAGACCCCUCGGCAGGCUCAGUCCACGGCGGUCACCAAAUGCUGGAUCAACUGAAAACGAGCAGCCCCUUCCAGAUGGUGUUAGCCAAAAAACAGAUGGCAGGGACCCAUCCUUGGUGGUAGCUUUUGUCUGUAAGCUUCACUUGAAGAAAGGAAACUUCUUGGUGCUCAAAGCAAAGGAGCUGGGCCUCCCGGUGGGCACCGCUGCCAUCGCUCCUAUCAUCGCUGCCGUGAAGGACGGGCAGAGUGUGACUUACGAAGGGAGAAAGAUUUUGCCUGAAGAGAUCUGUACCCCUCCGGAUCCUGGGCUGGCUUUUGUUGUGGUCGAAUGUCCUGAUGAAGGAUUCAUACAGCCCAUCUGUGACAAUGCUGCCUUCAAGGGGUACCAAGGGAAGGCUGACGCCCCUGUGGCCUUGGUGGUUCACAUGGCCCCAGAAUGUGUGCUUUUGGACAGUAGAUACCAGCAGUGGAUGGAGAGGUUUGGCCCCGACACCCAGCAUCUGAUCCUGAAUGAGAACUGCACAUCCGUUCACAACCUCCGCAGCCACAAGAUUCAGACACAGCUCAACCUCAUCCACCCCGACAUCUUCCCCCCACUUUCCGACCUCAGCUGUCAGGGAGAAAGUGCUACGUUCCACGUGCCCGCUGUGCGGGGCGAAUGUCUCCUCAAGUACCAGCUCCGUCCCAGGAGGGAGUGGCAACGGGAUGCUCUUCUUACUUGCAACCCGGAAGAGUUCAUCGCCGAGGCCCUGGAACUCCCCGAUUUUCAGGAGCGCGUGCAGGAAUACAGGAAGAGCGUGCAUGACGGCCCUGCCCCAGCAGAGAAAAGCAGCCAAUACCCAGAAAUAGUGUUCCUCGGAACAGGGUCUGCCAUCCCAAUGAAGAUCCGAAACGUCAGCUCCACGCUUGUCAACAUAAGCUCUGACCAAUCCCUGCUACUGGACUGUGGGGAAGGCACGUUUGGGCAGUUGUGCCGUCACUACGGUGAUGAAGUGGACAGGGUUCUAGGCACACUGGCUGCAGUGUUCGUGUCCCACCUGCAUGCAGACCACCACACGGGCUUGUUAAAUAUCCUGCUGCAGCGAGAACGAGCUCUGGCCUCCCUGGGGAAACCGAUGUGCCCUUUAUUAGUGGUUGCUCCCAGCCAGCUCAGGCCCUGGCUUCAGCAGUACAAUGACAAGUGCCAGGAGAUUCUGCACCUCGUCAGUUUGAUUCCCGCCAAAUGCCUUCAGAAAGGGGCUGAGGUCUCCAAUCCGAUGGUUGAAAGACUGAUCAGCUUGCUGUUGGUAGCAUGUGACUUGAAAGAGUUCCAGACCUGCCUGGUCCGGCACUGCAAGCAUGCUUUCGGCUGUGCGCUGCUGCACACGUCCGGCUGGAAAGUGGUCUAUUCGGGAGACACCAUGCCCUGUGAUGCCUUGGUCCAGAUGGGGAAAGAUGCCACCCUUCUCAUACAUGAAGCCACAUUGGAAGACGGCUUAGAGGAGGAGGCAGUGGAAAAGACACACAGCACAACUUCCCAGGCUAUUGCAGUGGGGAUGCAGAUGAAGGCGGCCUUCGUCAUGCUCAACCACUUCAGCCAGCGCUACGCCAAGAUCCCCCUCUUCAGUCCCGACUUUAAUGAGAAAGUCGGGAUCGCCUUUGACCACAUGAAGGUCUGCUUUGGAGACUUUUCCACAGUGCCCAAGCUGAUCCCCAUGCUCAAAGCCCUGUUUGCGGGAGACCUGGAGGAGAUGGCGGAACGCAAGGAAAAGCGGGAGCUGCGGCUGGUCCGGGCCGCCCUGCUUGCUAAGGAAUCCCCGCAGAAGCGGGUUCCCGGAGAUGGGCUGCCGAGCCCAGAGAGCAAGAAGGCCAGGACCGAGUGA